AUGGCGCGGUCAGAGAGUGUCCUGGGCAAUUUGAGACAGCUCUUUAGUACGUCCUUCGGCGUGCGCGGCACGCGCAACGCCGCCUCCUGGAUCGUGGCUGGCGGCAUUGCUUACUAUUUCAUAUAUGUCCCCGAAGCACGGCGGCGCGACCAGAUCGAGAAGGAGCGCUUUCUGGCUAAGGAGCGCGCCGUGGCCGCGGGGCUGGCGGAAAUCGACCGCGCGCGGCCCAUACCAGACCCCCAGGAGAGGGGGCUCAUCAAGGGUGCAGGCACCGCGGGCGCGGCGGCCAAGGAGGCCGGCGGCGGCAGCAGCAGCGCCCCGGCCGCGGGCAGCUGA